AAAUGCUCUCAAUCUGUUCAGUUCUGGUAAUCUUUCCUUUUUCUAUUGUCAUCUCUAAACUAACCCUCGAUGACGAUUGACGAGUCGGGUUGAUACUUGGUAGUUGAAAAUCGAUGGAGGUGAAGCUAUACAUAUGCUGUACUAUGAUGUAUGCGUCGUAUUCACUUUUCCUACCGAAGAGAUGAAAAACAAAGCUCCAGGUUUGUGUGUCUCAAGCAAUCAUGCAAGUGGUCGACCGACUUGCCAAAGCCAAGUUCGAUGUUAGAUUCUUGUACUCGUCUGUCUCAUUUUAGUGUUUUACAGAGUGAAAAUACUAUAUUUGAACCAAAAUCAUACCAGAUAUAGAAUUAGAAAGAAAAAAAAACCCGAAAAUCCUUAGUAUUUUUGUGACUCUGUGCUGCAACUAGAUGCUUGUGUUGUGUCAAUCACAUUCAUAUUUCUCUUGUUUUCCCACAAACGAACCCAAAACGAUUGAUGGGUAUUCCUCAGCGAUUUUUGUUCAUUCGAACUCGCAUCAAUUUGCCCAAGAUAUUUCCAUUGGUGGGUGCACCCAUCCACUCUAAGAAGCUCGCUCUCUUCCAAAACAUGUAGCCUUUUUGACACAGUUUUUAGUUUUUACACAUACUACCUUCCCCAGUUUCUUCGCUCUGUAACUUUCACAGCAAAUUUGGCUUCUCUGGUCACUUUUCGUGCUGGGUUUCGUUAAAGUUUGAAGCUUUUUGGAAGGUUGAUGUGCCACAUGGGAUUGGGAGUGACGGUUUUAGAGAGGAGAUGGAUUCGGAGUUGGGUUUAAUAGAGCAAUCACUCAAGAGUCGUUACUCGCUUUGGGUUCUAGAAGCUUUGAACGAAUUGCCGGAGAGUUUUACGGUGACUGAUCCUUGUAUUUCCGGCCAGCCCAUCGUUUUUGCGAGCAAGGGGUUCCUGAAGAUGAUGGGGUACUCGAAAAGCGAGGUGGUUGGGAAGAAUGGGAGGAUGUUUCAAGGCCCAGCUACUUGUAGAAGGUCUGUAAUGGAGAUAAGGGAGGCUAUAAGGGAAGAGAGAGGUGUUGAGAUUAGUUUGGUGAAUUAUAGGAGAGAUGGGACACCGUUUUGGAUGCUGUUUCAUAUGUGUCCAGUGUUUAGCAAAGAGGAUGGGAGGGUGAUUCAUUUUGUGGGAGUUCAAGUUCCGAUUUUGCGAAAACCGAGGAGGAGGAAUGGGGUUGGUUUGGUGUAUGAGGAGGAGAGUAGGAUGGUUGAGAGUGUUUAUGGGUCUUGUAGGAGAGAGGUGUGCUCGGAUGCUUUGGUGGAUUUGGGGCGUGCUUUGUCUCUGGAGUGUGCAUUUGAUGAUGAUGAUGAUGAUGAUGAUGAUGAUGCUGAUAUAGGAGUGGAGAUUGAGGAGACGUGCGAGGCAAGUGAGUUAGAGAAGCGUAGAGCUGUGUCUGCCAUGAAUAACAUAUUGUCAGUGCUAACCCACUAUAGCGAGUUAACAGGCAGACUGGUGUGUGGAAAGAGAUGCAGCUUAACUGGGGUGGGCCUUCUCAGCUCAUCCUUAAAUAUUGCUCUUGGUAGAAUCAAACAGAGCUUUGUAUUAACAGAUGCACACUUACCUGACAUGCCUAUAGUUUAUGCGAGUGAGGCCUUCUUUAAAUUGACAGGUUAUGCCAGACACGAAGUCUUGGGACGCAAUUGUAGAUUUUUAAGUGGGGAGGAUACAGAUUCCUCUGCAACUUAUCGGAUAAAGGAAAGCGUUCAGAAUGAAAAAGCAUGCACAGUACGUAUCUUGAAUUACAGGAAGGAUAAGAGUUCAUUUUGGAAUCUUCUUCAUGUAUCACCAAUUCGUAAUGCUUCUGGCAAGAUUGCAUACUUUGUGGGUGUUCAGAUGGAAGAAGCGUGUAAGAACCAGGACGGGCAUGGGCUGAGCCCUGAGAUGAGGCAGCUGAGCGCUGUUGGAGCUGUCAGGAUUGCAGUGAGGAGUUUAUCAAUGGGUGCUGGCACAUCGAAGUCUUGAGAUGAUGAAUGUAUAAAUUCUCGCAUUUGUACUCUCAUCUGGCUUUAGUUGAAAAUGCAGAAAGCAGAAAUGCUUGUGCUGAGUGCUGCAUCAGAUCUUUGUUACACCAACAUUAUUUAUAUAUAUAUAUGGAAAGGGGCAUUUCCUUGGUUCA